UCGAUCAUACGCGAAGUAAUGUAAAGAUAUCUGGAGUAAUUCCGGGGUGUCGUGAGGGAACGUGAUAAAGCCCAACCUCUAGCAUCAGUACCUAGCCUGCUGAAUCCCACUGAAUCGGCCUAUAUUUGUGAAACGUGUACUAAGUGUCACCAUGGAGACCCAUCAGAAUACCUACAAGGUUUUCCUCCUGUCACUGUUGAUGCUCCAGUCUUUUGCCGACUCUCGUAUUGUCAGGAUUGGCGCUAUUCUAAGCUCCGCACAAAACCAGCUGGAGUUUGAGGAGGCAGUACGCAAACUCAAUAACAAUUCCCAAGCUCCGUUAAACAUUCGGUUUGAGUAUACCUCCAUUAUAAUGGACCCUAACCGGAUCCGCUCAGCUCUGAAGCUGUGUGAUGAGUUAGUAAAGAAAGCUGUACACAUAGUAAUCGUGAGCCACCCACCACCUCAGGAUAAUGACCAGGCACCUAUCUCCGUGUCGUAUACCUGCGGUUUCUACAAUAUUCCUGUCAUUGGAAUCUCCACCAGGGAUAGCUCAUUCUCAGACAAGAAUGUACACCCCACAUUCCUGAGGACGGUGCCACCUUAUUUUCACCAGGCCGAUGCUUGGCUUAAGAUGCUGACAAAUUUUGGUUGGAAGCAAGUAAUCUUCAUUCACAGUAUGGACGAAGAGGGUCGCAUGAUUCUGAGUCGAUUCAAGUGGCUGGCUGAAAAGGAGGACAUCUUGAUAGAAAAGGUGUACAAGUACCCAUCAGGCAUUAAGAAGUUUACGGCUACAUUGAAGUCUAUACCUUCCUUACAGUCCAGAGUCAUACUUCUGUCAUCAUCAGAAACAGAUGCUGAACACCUUUUUAGAGAUGCAAAGAAUCUGAAUCUUACAACAGCAGGAUAUGCGUGGAUAGUGAGUGAACAGGCCCUGAAUGCUCCUUCCAUUCCUGUUGGUAUGCUUGGUCUGAGGUUGUCUAACAGUACGAAUGAAGACUCCCACAUUCAAGACAGUGUCCGUGUCAUUGGUCAGGCCAUGCAGAAGUUCUUCCUCGCCAACAGUGACCUACAGAAUAUCACUGACACACCCACAAACUGUCGGAGUGCAAACAAUAACUGGAAGAUUGGAACCCAGAUACUGGAAUCACUGAAGGCAGAGAAGCUGGAGAUGGGUCUUACUGGACAAGUGAGUUUUAAUGAGGAUGGGGACAGGGUGAACGCAGUUUACUCUAUCAGAAACACCCAACACCCUCAGGAAGACGACAAAAUGGUUGGCUACUAUGGCAACAAGCAGGCUACAGAACCUGCUCUUCAGAUCAAGAGUGAGAAUAAGAUUGUGUGGCCAGGAAACCUGAUGGUGAAACCUAAAGGUGUCAAGAUAUCCACUCAUCUCAAAGUGGUAACUUUGAAAGCCACCCCAUUUGUACACACAGAACUUAUGUCAGAAAAAGGCACCUGUGAGGAAAGCAAGAAUGAACGCGUAUGUUGGAAAGUCAACUCUACAACAGGGGAGAAAGUUGACUACUGUUGCUAUGGUUACUGCAUUGAUAUGUUGAUAGACAUCUCUAUGAAAGUGAACUUUACUUUUGAACUACACCUGAGUACAGAUAACUCCUUUGGCACUCUAACACGGAGUAACAACAGUAAGAUGAAGACAUGGAAUGGAAUGAUUGGAGAACUGGUCAGCGAACAGUCAGACCUGAUAGUAGCACCACUCACCAUCAACCCAGAACGGGCCGAACACAUUGACUUCUCCAAACCAUUCAAGUACCAGGGUCUCAUCAUAUUGGUCAAAAAGACUCAGAAGGAUUCCAGUCUAGCAUCCUUCCUGCAACCAUUCCAGGACACACUGUGGAUUCUGGUGGGCCUCUCUGUCCAUGUAGUGGCAUUAGUCCUGUAUCUUCUCGACAGAUUCUCUCCCUUUGGUCGCUUCAAGCUGGCCAAGAGUGACGAUACAGAAGAGGAUGCCCUCAACUUGUCUAGUGCAAUGUGGUUUGCUUGGGGGGUGCUGCUCAACAGUGGCAUAGGUGAAGGAACUCCUCGCAGCUUCAGUGCCCGUGUACUAGGAAUGGUCUGGGCCGGCUUUGCAAUGAUCAUUGUGGCAUCAUACACUGCUAACCUGGCAGCCUUCUUAGUGCUGGACCGUCCAGAGGCCUCAAUCACAGGGAUUGAUGAUGCUAGGCUGCGUAACCCUAAUGAAAACUUUAAGUAUGCUACUGUGAAGAACAGUGCUGUAGAGAUGUACUUCAAGAGACAAGUGGAGUUAUCUACAAUGUAUCGCCAGAUGGAAACAAGAAACUAUCGUACAGCUGAGGAUGCCAUUAAUGAGGUGAAGAAAGGUGAGCUACAAGCCUUUAUCUGGGAUUCAUCGCGUCUGGAGUAUGAAGCUGCCAAGGACUGUGAGCUAAUCACAGCUGGGGAAUUGUUUGGCCGGUCAGGUCUAGGUAUUGGCCUCCGAAAGAAAAGUCCUUGGACGCAUGACAUCUCGAUGGCAAUUCUCAAACUCCAUGAACGAGGCCGAAUGGAGGAACUGGAUAAUAAAUGGAUUCUCAAUGAAAGUACUGACUGCUCCGAGAGUGAAAGAGAUUCGGCUCCUGCCACACUAGGUCUAACAAACAUGGCUGGGGUGUUUAUGAUGGUGGCCGGAGGAAUAGUUGCGGGUGUCAUCCUCAUUUUCGUGGAAAUAGCAUACAAACGGCAUCGAGGAUUAAAGGAAAAGGAGUUAGAACUGGCACGAAAUGCUGCAGACAGGUGGAGGGGUAAUAUAGAGAAAAAGAAGCAACUGCGUGAAUCCUGGAACUUUCUCCGAGCUCUGAAGGAUGAAAAUCAGGCUGAAUCAAGUCAGAAAUAUGGAAAAGAAGCAAAAGAUCUUUGAUUUGUAGUGUUAUAUUGUAUUAUUCAUGUACAUGUGUCUUAUAAUUGAAUUACUAAUAUGAUUGUUUCUAGACAAACGUUAAUUAUAUAAGACGAGGAUGUAUACACCAGGUUAAUCUAUAAUCAUAACAUGGUGUUAAUAUUGUCUAAUUAUAUAGUAGAUAUAAAGUGUAGUCUUCUAAUCAAAGUAUAACAGAUAUUGAAAUUAUAUAUUUAUAUAUAUAUACAUUUGACAGUGCCCUUUGUGAUUAUAUGUAACACAUUUGACAGGGAACUUUGUGAUAAUUGUUCGACAUAUUUGACAGUGCCCUUUAUGACUAUUGUUUGACAUGUUUGACAGUGUCCUUUGUGGUCAUUGUUUGACAUGUUUGACAGUGCUCUUUGUGGUCAUUGUUUGACAUGUUUGACAGUGCCCUUUGUGGUCAUUGUUUGACAUGUUUGACAGUGCCAUUUGUGGUCAUUGUUUAACAUGUUUGACAGUGUCCUUUGUGGUCAUUGUUUGACAUGUUUGACAGUGCCCAAUGUGAUAAUUGUUUGACAUGUUUGACAGUGCCCUUUGUGAUAAUUGUUUGACAUGUUUGACAGUGCCCUUUGUGAUAAUUGUUUGACAGUGCCCUUUGUGAUAAUUGUUUGACAUGUUUGACAGUGCCCUUUGAUGUUGUGUUUCACUUGAAAGACAUAUCCAUUCCCUGUUACCCCUUUAUUAGCCCACCAUCAUCAGAUGGUGAGCUAUUCACAUCGCCCUACAUCGGUAGUCCAUCCGUCCGUCUGUAAACUAAUUUUGUUAUCACCGAGAAUCACUGAAUGGAUCUUUCUUAAAUUUCAUAUGUAUGUUUACCCUUGAUUUUGAAAUUGAUCAGAAAAACAAAAUGGCUGACAGGUGGCCAUCUUGGAUUUUGAUAUGCAAGAUUGUUAUCACUAUUUCUUAAGAAAUAUUUGAUGGAUCUCUCUCAAAUUUCAUAUGUGUGUUCCCUUUUGUCUCUACUUGUGCUCGUUUGAUAAUGGAUUUGGCAGGUAAAGAUUAUCAUCACUAUUCCUGCAAAGGAAUGUUAAAAUUUUUCAUCAUUAAGAGCAAAAUCAGAGAAGAGAGAGGAAAAAGAUGGGAAAAGUUCUAAUUGUUAAAGAGCAAAUAAAGAUCAAACAAUGGUGGGUGCCAAGAUCCCUGUGGGAUUUCUUGUCCAUAAAUAGUCCUGGUUUUCUAACAAAGUGUAAUACCAUUUAUGAUUGUUUUUAUUUAUUGUGAGUGUGGUUUAUUUAUUUUUAUUAUUUAAAAUUUUGUAUUUUUGAUGUGAGGAAUUAUUCACAAAGAUCAUGAACCACUUAAUUUUAUGUUUAUGUGUAGUAUGACAGGUGAUGUAAUAAUUUAAAUCACUAAUUUUUAAGUGUUAAUUAAUUGACCAUAUAUGGUAUGACUGUGUGACGUGUGUAUGGUUAGAAUUCCCACAUAGAGCCAAAAUGUGCAUUUGAUAAUACAAACACUCAUUUUAGGCAAAUACUGCAAAAUGAUUGUGUGAAAUGAGUCUAGAGAACUCACACCAUGUGUCUAUCUUAGACUAAGUCUAGAGAUCUCACACCAUGUGUCUGUCGUAGACUAAGUUUAGAGAUCUGACAUCAUGUGUCUAUCUUAGACUAAGUCUAGAGAUCUCACACCAUGUGUCUGUCGUAGACUAAGUCUAGAGAUCUCACACCAAGUGUCUGUCGUAGACUAAGUCUAGAGAUCUCACACCAUGUGUCUGUCAUAGACUAAGUCUAGAGAUCUCACACCUUGUGUCUGUCAUAGACUAAGUCUAGAGAUCUCACACCAUGUGUCUGUCAUAGACUAAGUCUAGAGAUCUCACACCAUAUGUCUGUCGUAGACUAAGUCUAGAGAUCUCACACCUUGUGUCUGUCGUAGACUAAGUCUAGAGUCUCACACCAUGUGUCUGUCGUAGACUAAGUCUAGAGAUCUCACACCAUGCGUCUGUCUUAGACUAAGUCUGAAGAUCUGACAUCAUGUGUCUAUCUUAGACUAAGUCUAGAGUCUCACACCAUAUGUCUAUCUUGGACUAAGUUCAAACAUCUCACACCAUGUGUCUAUCUUAGACUAAGUUCAAACAUCUCACACCAUGGAUAAAUAAGUCGCUGAUUUCAACACUGAUCAGAGAAUAUUGAAGUGAAUAGGUCCCUGAUUUUAUUCCUGGCUAGAGAAAGAUUUAUUCAGAAUCUAUGUUGUGUAUUGGUUUUAAUUAAUUUGACACAGUUGGAUAUUCACACUAAUAAAAUUUCUUAUGAAAUUA